AGCAGAGCUAUAGGCAGCUUCGGCGCAAUAUUAUGAAUUGGUAUAUAUCGACCGCACAAUAACUUCAACUACAUUCCGUUCUUUAACUCUCUGCCCUGCACUACUGUUACUACCACGACAUCGAUCAACUAUUUUAGGCUAUCAGUCACUUCCCGCCGUUAUUUAACCCAUCCCCAAUAGGUACCCACCAACCUAGGUACUAGAAAUGAACAACACCGGGAACCGAACGGGUGGCGGCGGCGGUGGUGCACGAAGGACGGCACCAAGUACAACAACGAACAGGACAGCAACGAAUGGGUCAGCAACGAAUGGGAGACCAACAACGGGAACGACAACAUCGGGGACAGCAACAAGCACUUCGACCGGCUCUCGCGUCGUCGAGGCGGCCCGUAGAGCAGCCGGCCCUGCUGGUAACAUUAUCAGCGCGGGAGUCAGCGCAAUUGUCGGCGAGGCAACAAACUUCGACAGCUCACCUGCGAAGUCCGUCGUCAAAAAGUUGGCUCAAACCCUUGGGGACACUCCCUACGCCAUCGUGGGCACCUGUGCUCUCGGACUUCUAGAUAUCAAGCUGAAGCGCCCUGUCGAAAAUGUGGAGGUGUUUGUCCCUACCGGCAAAACCAGCAAGACAGCCAAGGCAUUGUGUGCUCCCGAGAAUAACGGCUUCAAAUCCUCCAACUCUUCGGGCAACCUCCGGGUGUGGCACGAGAACGAUAGCGGUAGCAGGGUGUCCGUCAUCUUUAGGGAGCCGACAAGGCUUCACCAGGCAUACCCGGACGCAAAUGGCUUUUUCAUGGUUGGCAGAGUACGUGUCCUCAAGGCUUCACUGCUUCUCAACAUCCGGUGUUACUCUUGGUCGCAGAACCGUUCGAAUGGCAACAGGGACAAACAGGAUCAGGACGCUGCAGACAUCGACCACCUUCUGAAGUAUAUCGCUUUGCAGACCAAGGACGAGUUGCCUAAUGCUACAGCUGAGUUCCUUCUCAAGUUUGCUGCCUCUAAGCCUCUUGUCCAGGCAGGUUUCCGUUAUAUUGGUGUUCCCCUGCCGAUGUAA